GUCCAACUCUCAACCCAGACCAGAGCAGCGGCGAUAACUCGGCGGCUCCACCGCGCGCAGGGGAGAAGCACCCGGCAGAGGCGUUCCUCCGAAUCCGCUCGGGAAGAAGAAGGCGAGAGGGCGGGCCACCAUGAGGCGCUCCUCCAAGAAGUCGUCGUCGUCCGCCGCGGCCGGUCCCACUAAAGCUGUUUCCAAGGAAGUAGAACGGAUUGACCAACUUUUCUAUACUUAUGCCGACAGCUCAUCCGGCAUGAUUGACCCAGAAGGCAUCGAAACACUUUGCUCUCAUCUUGAUGUUCCCCAUACCGAUGUUCGGAUUCUGAUGUUAGCAUGGAAAAUGGGCUGUGAAAAGCAAGGUUAUUUUACUCUGGAUGAGUGGAGAACUGGCAUGAAAGCUCUGCGAGCUGAUAGUAUUAGUAAGCUGAAGAAGGCGUUCCCAGAACUGACCCAAGAAGUUACAAGGCCUACUAAUUUCCAGGAUUUCUAUCAGUUUGCUUUCCGUUAUUGCCUCACAGAGGAUAAGAAGAAGUGUAUUGAAAUACCAGUUGCUUGUGAGUUGCUGAAUCUAGUAUUGGGCUUGCAGUUCCGCCCCCAAGUCGAGAAACUUAUUAAUUACCUCAAGUACCAAAACGAGUACAAGGUUAUAAACAUGGAUCAGUGGAUGGGAUUUCUUCGGUUCUGCAAUGAGAUAAACUUCCCAUCGCUUGACAAUUAUGAUGAAGACCAAGCCUGGCCUUUAAUUUUAGACAACUUCGUUGAAUGGUUAAGAGCAAAUAAAAAUUAGCUCCCUUAUAUUCAAGGGGUUGUGGAGAUGUCAUCCAAAAGUAAUACUCGGGAAUCACAUUGGAGGCUUUUGAAGGGUGCAGAUCCAGCUGGUUUGUGAGUGCUGCUUUUGAAGUCUGGUUUCAGGAAUCGUCAACCGCCUUGUAUUUUGCUUUUUCGCAUUUUGAUUCUAGAAACAGUUUGCAGGGCCGUUAUCUAGAAAUUUUGGAUGCUUGUGAAUGCUCUAUUGCUACUAUUGCAUGCAAUGGGUUCUUAGGUGUAUAGUUAUCAGAGCAUGCAAGCUUGCAGGAAGUCUUGAAUGAAUGGCAUGUGUUGGGUGUGGUUUAUUUGUUA